GCCACAAUAUGGUUACUGCAAAUGCAGUAGCAGUUGCGUUACCACAGGGGGGUAGGUUUGUGUAGUUAACUUUUAAGAGAUUAAGUAAACGAGCUGUGAAGUGUUUUGUUUUAAUUCUUGAUAUUUGGUCUUGGAACCUCAAAGAAUUAGUUAAGUUCCUAUGAAAGUUGACCAUGAGGUUAGUCCUAUGAAAGUUGACCAUGAGGUUAGUUCUUGUUAACAAUCCGUAGCAGGUCACCAAUCUUUAGCUUAUAUUCUGGAGAGUUGAGCUACUUGAACCGUUCAUCAUUUUUAGAUAGCUUAUAUUUAAGCAAGCAGACCUGCUUGGUUUCCAAAUACCACUUAGAAUCGUACACUAAUAGGCAAUAUCUUAGGUGCUCCAAAUUUCCGAUUCCGAAUUCUAGCCUUAAACCUUCAUCUACCAAAAUGUAUUUUUGGCAACAAAUUGAGCCUCAACAGCUUGAUACUGACCCAUUACCGACUAAUUUCUUUUCUUUUGUUUUAAUUACAAACAAGCAUAAUUGGUCUCAGAUUGGACCAAAAUUUACAAUAUUUUCAGAAGAUUUUAAACUCACAAACGAAAAAAGCAAAAGCAAUUCACACUAAAUAUAAAGCGCUGAAGUCUGCUGGAUUAAUUCGACGUCACAGAUUUCCUUGUGCUGUAAGCAAAUAUCAUGAUGAUUGCAAGUGUUAAUCAUUAUAAUUUCAGAGCGACUCAAAAUUUAUUUGAAAAUAUCACAGAAUCAUCGUUUUUUUUUCAGUUCAACUGGUGUCUGCUCAAAGUUUGUCGGCUUCGUUUCCGCUUUGUAAGAUUUCUUCCAUUGAUUGUUUUCAAUUCAAAUGUAUUGCUUGGCAUGAUUGACUACUUUUUUUAAAAUUAAAAUAAUUAUGAAAACAAUGUGAUGGGAUUUUUAAAUUUGAUUUUUUUGAGACCUCUGGAACUUUUUCUCACUUUUGCAAAAGUUUUGCUAUUCUCGAAAAAAUUUUGUAUCGAUUUUUAAAAAUGGAUUUCAUUAGAAAAACCGCCUACUCUCUUGUGUGCGCGCAUACUCCUCUAUUUUAUUUUUACUUUAACCCACCUCGAAAAAGUCUGUGGGAGAAUAUUUGACCGAUGUUUUUGAUGUGAGGUAUGAUCUUUCACUUAUUCCCACCGGGAAAAUGUAGGGUGAGAUCGCACACAAAAAGGUGGUGUUUUUGGACGCAAUCUUUGUUGGGAAUAAUUUAAAUAUCAGAAGCUGCUUUGCCGAGGGACUUGCGAUAAAGUAUGUAGUAGCGUGGUGGCCACCCUGUUGGCAACCACAGGCAGUAGAGCCGACUUUUCCAUUCCAGUCGCCAACCGGGAUGAGGAUCUCAGAACCUGGAACCCUGGAAACAGCAUGUUGCAGUUGGUCAAAAAACGCUUGACGGCUGCGGGCAGGCUAUAUUAGGUAAGUAUGGAAAAAAAACUGAGGCAGUACAUAUGCUCGGUAUGCAAACGUAUGUUUGCACGUGAAAGUGCUUUAGUGAAUCAUACCAAUAUGGUUCACCCAAUGAAAGAAGAGGAAGGUACUCUUAAACCUAGCAUACAAAAGAAGACAAGCUACAUCAGUAAGUUCAAAACAGAAAUCUCGAAAGUUAGCUCAAAAAGUAGAAAAGGCAAGGUAGUGAAAAAGUUGAAAACUAAUAUGAAGAUGUCAUCCAAAAACUCGAGUAAUCAGACGCAGGGAAAGGACAAGUUCAUACCUAGUAAGUUCUUGCAGAUAGCGAAACGACGAAAAGUGAUUUCUGGAAUUUCUAAUUCUCAAAAAAUGAAGAAAAAAAGACGAGUGGCUUCUACAGUAUCAGUUGAUAGCGAGACAACUCUGCUCAGAACCGGCACGCCUGUGAAAAAAUGCCAGAAAAAAGAGGAACAUUUUAAUGCUGCAUUGCAGUUUGGUUUCAAGAGUGUCCAGGAAAUGUUCAGUAGGAGUGGAGUUAAGUUGCAAAUGGAGAGAAUAAAUGUGCCUGAGAAAUUGUGGCCAGUAAUUGAAGAGAUUGAAAGUCAGUUCAAACGACACAGCCCAGAUUCAAAAACUGAAAGAACGAGAAAGAAGACAUUUAAGGUCACUGAACUACUAGGAAGGUUCAAAUCCACCCAACUUGAUGGCCAGAAAAGAGGAAGACAUUCUCUGGAAGUAGAAGAGAAGGAUUCAAAAAGACCGAAGUUGGAUAUUGAAACUAUCGAAGAUAAUGAGGAUAGAAUUGAAAGUUUCUGUCCAUCAAAGAAAUUAAUACCCGUAUUAAAGCGUUGUGACUUAUCGUUUGGCGUACCUGAAGUGAAGGCUGUCGAAAUAACCACAAGUUCUUUGCGAGUUGUUCGGAAACCGAAAAAAUUUAUCGAGGAACAGCUGGACACUCCUACGAGGAAUCCAAUAUCUUCGAAUCAAAAAGUUCAAUUUGGAAAGUCGAGAACUCCUAAAAAAGCGGUCGAAGCUCGAUCGUCUAUCGCAACUCAGGAAUUGAGUCCUUUUGGUUCGGAAAAGCACUGGUGUUCUGUUUGUAACCGAGUUUUCUCGCGUCUGGCCGCACUCGAGAAGCAUACGAAAAAUGACCACAAUAGUCCUCUGGUUUCGAAAACAAACUCUGCUCAGUUCACUGAGAAGAACAGAAAAAGACGCAGGAGAUCCGAAUCAUCACCCGAAAAGAUAAAAUCAUCACCGAGUUCCAGAGAACAAACUGAAAGACGAAGGUUCAAAGCUCGACUGGAAAAUAAGUUCAACCUUAUGGACCGAGCACGACGAGAAAAGGCAAAGAAGCGAGGCUUCGUAUCUUCCACUGAAUUUGAAGAAGAAAGCUUCAGAACGUUCUGCGAGACCUGCAACCAAAGAUUCUCGUCUCUGAACUCCAAGAAGCAACACAUGAUCAAAGUGCAUGGACCAGAGUGGAGACAUUUGUGUGUGGUGUGCUGCAAGAUAUUCCCAGACAGAGGCAUGUUGCUCAGACACCAGAUCAUACAUAAAAUUUUUGAAGAAAGUAUGACAGAACAGAGCGAAGAGACAGUUAAUCUGGAUCAAGAUAAUCUUGAAACAAUCUUGACUCCUCUUAAGUCAGUGAGUGUGUUUGAUCGAUUGCAGAUGGCAGAAAAAAUUCCAAGUGUAUUCGAAGAUAAAAUAUUGGAUUUCAAUCAAGCAUCCGAACCUCUGGAUCCCCAAAAAGAGGUCAUGUUGUAUACGAAUAUGGAAAGCAUCAAAUGUAUUUUCUGCGGCGAGAAAUUUCCCGAUCUGUUUUCUUUGAACUCACAUAUUCAGAAGUGCCCUGUGAAAUCAGCUUUCCCUGACACUCACGAAGUAAAGGAAUCCGACGACAAGGAAGAGAGCAAAGAAAACACAGAUGACUCUCAUUUGUACAAGCAUUCAUGUGAGUAUUGCUUCAAAGUGUAUUCUACAGAAGACAAGAUGUUGGACCACCAAAAGAACAGUUGUUCAAACUUUGGGAUUUUGAGAGCUGAAGCCAAGAAUGUAGUCGAACAACCUGUGAGGCUAAAAUUUUCACGCUGUGAAUUUUGCCACAAGAAAUUCGGAUCACGAUCAGCUAUGAAGUUACAUCAACAACUACAUUUCAAGGACAAGAGAUUUGCUUGUGAGUUCUGUGGACUAGGUUUCGGAGACAACAGCGACCUGGCGAGGCACAGAUUAGAGCACAACUAUGACGCAGAGUUCAAGUGCUUCGUCUGCAGUCGGAUGUUCCUGGAUACCGAGGAGCUGUUGCGGCAUGAGACUCUUCACAGGCAGACGAACUCGCUCUUCUGUUCUCUGAAACUCCUUGGUCAUACGACCCUCGAGCAGACAGAGCAAUCUGAGUCUGCAGCUUCUUCAAUUCAACUGGUGGAUCUGGGCCCAAUAGUUGAAGAUCUGGUGGCCAGAAAAUGGAGAGAAGUGCAAUACGCAUAUUAAAUAUGCAUUCGUCUUCCAAAUACCAAAAGGUGUCUUUUUGGGUGGCAACAAACACUUUUGAGUGGCAACAAACACUUUGGGUGGCGAAGAAACUUAUUAGGUUUUCUUAGUUUUUUAUUGUUUUUUUUUUGUUCAGGAAAUAGUUACAUCAAAAAAGUUUAUGCACCAUCAAAUUCUAGACCCUCAAACAUUGGUUUCUUUUGAAAUUCCUUUAAAAUGU